GGCCCUUCAAUCAGAUUUUGGUAACCAAUCGGUCGCUGGGCUCUUCUUUCUUGUCGUGACGUAACGGCGGAGAAACUGAAUCUGAAGUUUACAAGAAAUCUGACAAGUGACAGAGCAGAGUGACACUCGGGUGUGUGUGCCGGCUGGCAGAUUUCACAGUGGACACAGACAAAAGAGGAUCCUGCAUGGAGUCAAUUGGUAGAACUAAUGAAGACACCAAGCAAAAUGCAAACCUGGAGACACCACCUGGACAGCUGUGGUCAGCCAGUGAUGAGCUCACAUCAAAAAACAAGAUGCAAGUAAUGUCUCUUCCAGGUGUGGACUACGUGUCUUGGCUUUAUCAGUACGGGAAACAAAAUUCCAUAGACGUCAAGUUUUUGGAAGAGUUUUCCUGCCAUGUAAGAACUGAUGAGCAAGAGUUUGCUAAUGUGGUAACUAAACGAAAAAAAGAAGCAAAACAUGAAGCGGCCAAACUUGCAUAUGAAGAACUUACACAAGAUGGCAGUACACAGUCUGCGAGUAGAACAAAGUGGAGUAUGCCGUCAGUGAGUGAAGACUAUAUAUCUUGGCUUCAUCAGUAUGGGAAAAAAAACCGCACCUCCUUCAGAUUUGUGGAAAGGUUUGCUGGACAGUUCAUAAUUGGUAACCAGGAAUUUAGUAAUGGUGUAGCUGAAAGAAAAAAGGAAGCAAAACAUGAAGCAGCAAAGAUGGCAUACGAGGAACUCACUAAAGACAGCCAUGCCCAGAUUACAAAAAAAUCUAAAAUACAGAAGCAUCUACAUGGAACCAGCACUGUAACACCAAGUUCUUCUGUGGUAGGAGAUGUUGAAAUGAAGUCGCUCACAAUGCCAAGAAGAGUGCAUGCCAGGCAGUCAAGUUCGUCUGUGGUGGGACCACAAGCAGAUAUUGAAAUGAAGUCAGUGACAAUGAAAAGACGGCUGGAAUCCCCCACGCCAGGUAGCAAAAUGUCAUCCUGUUCAAAAAUUAGUUCUUCUGUGAUGGGACCACAAGCAGAUGUUGAAAUGAAGUCGGUCUCAAUAAGUAGACCGCUGGAAUUCCAAACCCCAAGCAGAAAAACAUCAUCAUCUUCAGGCAUAAGCUCUAAUAAGAAAACAAGGUAUGAAGAAAAUCUAAGUGAUGGUCAUGAUGACAGUGAUGAGGAUGAGUCCAUUAUAGACAGUAAACCAAGACAUAAAGAAUCGAAGACCAGUCCUCCUAAUUUGGAAAACAAUUUUAUUAAAGCCAAAAGUGACCAAGUGACAAGAAUGGCGCCUGCCCCAAAUGUCACAGGAUUGGAGUUUGAGUUUCAGGAAAUAAGCCAUCUUGGCAAAGGAGGUUUUGGAAAUGUAUGGAAAGCUAGGAAGAUAAUCGACAAGACUUUUUAUGCAGUGAAAAGAGUCAAGUAUAAUAAGAAAGCUUCCCGUGAAGUUGCUGCAUUGGCAAAACUGGAACAUAAAAAUAUUGUACGAUAUUUUACUUCAUGGAUAUCUAAAAAACUACCAGAAAUCCCUAUGGGUUUGUCAGCAAGCUCCAGUAGUUCAAGUUCUGAUCCCAGUAUUCCACAGACGUAUCUGUAUAUUCAAAUGAAAUAUUGUGACAAAGGAACUUUGAAAGACUGGAUCUAUGGAAAUCCCAAGAAAAGUAAAAUGAAGGCUUUGCACAUGUUUAAGCAAAUUGUUGCUGGAGUUGGGUACAUCCAUUCACAUAAUCUAAUUCACAGAGAUCUAAAGCCAAAAAACAUAUUUCUAGAUGCAGAUGAGACUGCAAAAAUUGGAGAUUUCGGUUUAGCCACUUCAAAAAGUGAUGAAAAUGAUGACUCUUUACUUCAAAGGACAAAAGGAACAGGAACACCGAUAUACAUGAGUUCUGAACAGAUGAAUCAGCAGAACUAUGAAAACGAAGUGGACAUUUAUGCCCUAGGACUCAUUUUCUUUGAGAUGCUUUGGCCAACUUCAACUAAAGCUGAAAGAAGUAAAAUUUGGCCUGAAGUAAGAAAAGGAAGGUUUCCUGAACAGUUUUAUCAGAAGAACAUACAAGAAAGUGUGCUAAUUAGAGCAAUGCUGUCUGAAGACCCAAAAACGAGGCCAACAGCUGACUUUGUUGCUAAAAGAGUGGAAGAGAUAAUCUUAAGUCAUGGUCGGAUUUCAAAAACUAUAUAGGAACUCUAUGUUUUCUUUAUGCUGCAGGGCCAGCUACUACCAACAGGGGAAAACUGGAUCUUCUGUUUAAUAUGAACAGUUUAACUUUUCUGUAAAAAAUAUUACGUUUUUUUCUAUUUUUAUUGAACAAAAAUAUUUUUAUUGACUAUAAAUCAAUAGUUUGUUUAUUGUUUGUUACAUUUUAUCAACAAUAUCCUGAACAGAAAACAAUUUUGAUCAUUUCUUAGUUUGUGCUCCUCUGGUUAUGCAGAAACCCAUACAUCAAACCAUCUUGGUUAGCAGGAGCUCAGGAAAGCUGGCACCCAUCCCAUCAAGCACUGGGCAUAAGGCAGGAAUAAUCCAUGGGUAUUGUAUCAGCUCAUCACAGGGUGAACACACACACACACACACACACACACACACACACUAGAGGCCAAUUUAGUAUUGCCAAUCCACAUAACCUGGAUAUGUUUGGACUAUGGGAGGAACCUGGACCAUCUGCAGGAAACUCAUGCGGACAUGGCAAGAAAAUGCAAACUCCAUGCAGGGAGCACCCAGGCCUUGAACCCCAGUGUUCUUGUUGCAAGGCAGUAGCACUAUCACUGUACACCUUAUGCAGAACCCAAUACAACUGGUUACUUGUAGUCUAGGAGCCGAAAUGGAGUAAAGUUUGUCUACUUCUUAAUUCUUCUGUGUUGACUUGAAGUGAUGUUUGAAUGCCAAAAUGCAUAUGGAGUAAUACACACGGCACUACUUGUCAAUAGACUGCUUCUGAAAACAACAAAUUUAUAAGCAGAUUAUUUACUGUUACUAGAUAGACACUGCUAUACAUGUUACUUUGGUUGCGUGGUAAACCAGUACUAGAAAAGUAUCGAAAAAAAAUUUAAAAUGGUAUGGUAUCAGCAUUUUGAUGGUUUUGGUACCUGAAGUAAAUGUCAGCUUUCCUGUCAAUAAGACCAACAUUUUUUUUAUGUUGCAUUUUUUGCUGUUACUUUUGUAUUCUUUAGUAUAUUAUUUAUUCUAAUAUAUGCAGACAUGUAUCUUUGAAUUAUUUGUCUCAUUUUAUGCAGAAAUUUACCAACAUAAAUACCUUGUUGUAUGUUUAUUUUUUUUGUCAGAGGGAUAAGUUUCUCCUGCAUGUCACUGAAAGAAAGGUGGACAGUGCAAUACUGCUAGCAUAGAUGAUCUUGUUUUUCUGAUGUAGUUCCAUAUGCUUAACUCACGUACUGCAUUUGUACUAUUAGUAAUAAAAAUCAGGCAUUCU